AAACUUUGCGUGACGCGACGAAUCAAUGUCUCGUUUGUUCGAUGCCUUGCACACACCUUGCUGAUGACGCCGAAUUAGUUGAGGCAGCAACAAGCUGUGUGGACUACUUGCAAGAGGAUGGGCAGGAAGAUGUUGCUUCUCAUCCUCGUCGCCGCGUACGUCGACGUUGCUGUAGGUGGAGGAGUCAGGCAAGUUGCAGCCUCUUGCUCUGCCGAUAAACUUGAUAUCGCCUUCAUCGUCGAUUCUUCAGGAAGUAUUGGAAGCAAGAAUUAUGAGUUGGUGAAGAAUUUUGUGAUAGAAUUUAUAGGCGUUGCCAGCAUAGAUGACGGAACGGUCAGAAUAGGGGUAAUAACAUUUGCCACUUCAGUUUCGGUAAUUGCUUAUCUGAAUUCUCAAACCAAUGCCACGUCGCUCCAAGAGGUUGUCAAGAAUAUCACUUACGAGAGAGGGUACACCAACACAGCAGCGGGUCUCAGGGCUGCUAACUACCAGGUCUUUCAGAGGUCAAAUGGAGACCGAAGCGAAGUCCCAAACGUUGCCAUACUUAUUGCUGAUGGGAUAUCCAAUGUCGAUGUCGAGGAAACUGUACCAGAAGCAAACCUUUUGAAAGCAACGGGAGCCAAGAUAAUUGCACUGGGGGUAACCACAAGCAACAGGACCAAGGACGAGCUCGACAAACUUGCCUCAUUGCCUUUACGUGACCACCGAAUUGACGUUGACAGCUUUACACAACUCGCGGGAUUGUCAAAUUCUAUUCUGUCAGUUACCUGUGCUGAAACAAUGACUCCGCCGCCAACCACUACACCUGUCUUCGUCCCAACCACUACACCUGUCUUCGUUCCAACCACUACUACAACGACAUCUACUACUACAACAACAACCACGACCACUACCACCACAACAACCACUACACCAGUCUUCGUCCCAACCACUACUGCCACGGCAUCUACUACUACAACAAUCACGACCACUGCCACCACAACAAAAAACACUGCCAUUACUCCUACAACUAUAACAACCUCCGCUACUACCACCACAACUACCACACCUCCAACCACAACAACUACCAUCCCAAUAGGAAAAUCCCAAGGAAAAGAAGAUAUCUCAUCAGGACGAGGAGAUCCUGUCACGGGGUCCAACAUAAUUGUUAGUACUCCUGAUGUGGCACAAAGAAUCACUGAAAAUAUGCAAACCUCAACGAUGACACCUGCAACCACCACGACAGCUUAUACGACUUCACCCACAACAACAACUUCUACUACCACGACCACCACCCCAGACACUACGCCAAGAACGAAGAGUACCACAACCUUGACAACCAUUUCACCAGUCAGUGCAGACUCCAGGCCUAUACCGACAAGUGCUGGAGUAACUACGGUUAUACCAGAAUCCACAGUCUGCCAAGACAAUCCCCUAGACAUUGCCUUCAUCGUAGACGCUUCCAGCAGCGUAGGAAAUGACCAGUUUCGCCUCGUUAUCGACUAUAUCAAAGCUGUCCUCUCGACCACCGACAUUGAUGGCGGAAAGGUCCACGCAGCCGUCUUGACCUACAGCACUGACGUCGCUGUACACAUCAACCUGAACGACUUCAAAACCAGGAAGGAGUUCUAUGGCGCCCUAGACGGUAUCCCCUACAUUCCAGGCUGGACUAACGCCGCUGAGGCGCUGCGAACAGUGAGAACCCAGGUGUUCACUCCCAAGACAGGCGACCGAGUCGAGGUGAACAAUGUCGCCCUGCUGAUAACUGAUGGGCAGUCCAAUAUCAACAAGAACAGAACUAUCCUGGAAGCCAGGGAACUGAAGGCGGCGGGGAUAUAUGUCCUUGCUGUAGGGGUCGGUCUGGCCUCUCUGGGUGAAGUGGACAGCAUCGUUACGUCACCGGCCAAUGAGAACCGAUUCACUGUAGCAGGUUACAACAACUUGAGGGGGUUGGGAGAAGUUCUGUUUCCAUUUCUAUGUCAAGAUGGUGUGACUGGCAUCCCAGGAAACAGAGAUACAACUCCGGAAGCUCUGAAAUCAUCCGAAACCACAACACAAGCAGUAUCCACCUUAGGCGGUACUCACGGUGGUCGAUACAGCGGUACUGGAGCUCCAAACAUCACCAUGCCUACCACAUUCCCGGCAGUCAUGAAAACACGUCAGUUGCAAUGCCAUGCCUGGUGCGAAGACAAUCAAGAAGAAAAGCCGGCUGUGAAUAUUGACGAUCUGGUACUGGAGCUCAUCUUGCCGAAAAGAACGUUGUCAAAACAACGGCGGGCCAAGGGGAGUGCUUCUGACGACAGCCCAGUCGCCAAGUCCAUUGGGACAAGCAUCUUUCUGUUGUUUUUAACUCCUUACUUUUUCUUUGUUGGUUGGGAUAUACUGGAUGUAAUGCGCUAUCUAUUCCGAUCUGACAAAGGGCCCCUUUCUAAAGCUUAGAUACAAAGUUUACCAUUUGAUAUUCUGGAGAGAAGGGUCGGGGUUGUGUGGGUGUGGGGCUUGGAUUUUAUCUAAAAAUAUUUGUCCUCGAAUGUGAAAACAAUAAACUAAACUAAAGUGGAAAAAUAAGAAAUUGACCACCACAAGAAAUACAUGAUGGUGUUUUUCUUAAAAAAAUAACUCUUGCUCAAGGUUUAAAAUUUUUUUAUCUGGUUUUGUAGAUGUAGCUUGAAAAUUAUUUGCUCUCGAUAUAGAAUACUCCAGGUCGGUCCCGUAGUAGCUGAGGCUUUGCCAGGAGUCGCUGGACCAGCUUGGUAUGUCAGCACCAACUCCUUGAUCGUGGGUCUCACCAAAGUGGUAACAUUUAAGAAUAACAUUGCUUCAGCAGAUCAUUAUUGAAUAUUUUUAGUACUACAUUGUUAAGUUCCGGGCAACGAAAGUAUACACUAAGUCUUGUAAAUUGGAUUUGACACAAAAUUACAAACAUUAUCAUACCGUUACAAGGCUGAAAACAGUCGCCGAAACACUUAAGUUUUAAAACACAAAUGUGAGACACGUAUCAAAUACUUGUACGUCGCCAUCGAAUAACAAUUUCUUGUAAUUUUCAAUUUAAUCAAACAACCGUCAAACAUAGAUGUAUUCCUCCUCUUGCCUGGCAGUUUGCACUUGAGUGUCAGUAGUAUAUUUUGCACUUUUUGCAAACACUUGCGUCACGUUUACUUGAUUACCAUAUACUAAAGACGCGGAUAUCACCUGAUUCCUAAAUCAAUAAAUAAAUGAGUUGAGGUAAAGUGUUCAAACUAACCACAGUGAUUGAAAAGUAUUCCCAUAUUGUGAAGACAUAAUUUUGUAUAUUAAGUUUGUGAUUGUGUGUAAGGUCAAACAGUAAAUAUUUCUGACUUAUUGAUAUAUUUAAUAUAUUUUGUGUAUCAAAAGACAAUAAUUUCCUUUUUUAAAAACACCAGCUUCUGUUGACACUGCUCCUUCUAGACUUUGUCAUUGUUAAUGAUAGCAUAUGUAUAUUAGUAGGAUCUGUUAUUUUAUAUAUUGCAUGCACUGCAAGAGAUUUGUUAUGGACUGCAAGCGUGUGACAAAACAUGACUGCAGGGGUCAGAUUUCUGGCCUUAAUUAUUGAUACCCCAACAAAGCUGGAGGCUAUGUAUCCUUGAACCUUGUCAAGACCAGUUGAAUUAUACAUGUUGGAUAUGUAACGAGUACAGUGCGAUAAACAACUUCGGAUCGAUGUACAUUAAGCACAGUUACUACUUGCUUUGUUAGAUCUACAAAGAACAUCUCAACAAUGAUAAAAAAAAUACAUUAUCAGAGACAAAGCAAACUGGGAGCGACACACUCACAGAACUACAUGUAUGUUCAAUAUGUAAUGUUGCAAAGACUACACUCACAUCACGAUGCCAAGAGACAUGGUUGCGUUGUAUUCGUUGGAACACAAUUGUUAUGACAGAUGAACAGGGCCAUCCACGCAUGAAAAGUCAAAUUUAGUCUCCAACUGUGCUUUGUUAUUAGUGUAUUCCCUAGUGUCAGUCACAUAAAGUUCCAACUGCUUUGUGAGUGUAUUCUCUAGUUUCAGCAGUGACUGAUUCUUAGUAUGAUAGAUACGUUUAAUUAUUGAUAAUGUUUUCUUCGAUCACUCAACCAUAACCUCCUUUAGAUAGAAAAAGUCACGGCUAAGAAAUGAACUAUCAAUUGCAACAUGGAGUUAAGCUCAUUUAAAUAAUGGUCUCUUGGGAUAUAUGUUACGAUAAGCCUGGAAUUCAUUUUGUGAAGUGAUUGUUUUUAUUUUUGAAAAAUACUUUUGAUAAUAUUAUCCAUCAAAUGUUGUUCGUUUAUAAGCAUUGAUCUUUUGGGUUGAGUGCAUGCUUUGCAUAAUCGAUAUAUUGCAUUUAGUAUCAUUUUGUUAUUGACCCCCUUGGAGAUUUCAAGUUAGCACAGGUCCCCAGAAACCUAUGUUGGUCGUUAGAGGCGAUCGGGUGGAUCGCCCCCUUUUUAUACCCUCUCUUUAACCAGGGCACCUUCUCCUCGAACACGCCUUUUGAAUAAAGCAUAAUUUAGCA